AUGUUAAAAUCAACCCACAAACCAACCCUUCCUCCUCCUUUACCACCAGGAUGGGCUGAACACAAAGCACCCACAGGUCAUUCUUACUACUACAAUACUGAAACUAAACAAUCUACGUAUACGCGACCGGUACCAGUAGUAGUGCCUCAUCCGCCAGCUCCAGAUCCAACCCAGAGCUUCCUCCAAUACCAGUCUGUUGGAAAUUCAAUACCAAGUGCUGGAACGAAUUUCAACAAAUUUGUUUCUCGAGAUCAAGAGCAGGCCCAAGGUGGUAGAGGUGGUUUUCAGGGGCACCGAGGAGGUAGGGGCCCACAUGAUCGUGCGCGCGAAAGUCGACCACAGCCAAAUGACAAACCGAAGUCGCGAUUUCCUAUUCCCGGAUGUGAACCAUGGGUUCUUGUACAUACCAGGUACGGAAGAAGAUUUGUUUACAAUACUGAGAAGAACCAAAGUUUUUGGCGAAUACCAGAUAAACUCAAGGGUGGAAUCCUGAAGCUUGAUCAAUUAAGAAUCAAGGAAAAGGCAGAAGCACUCUUGAAGGAGAGAAAUGCUGAAGGAAUUCCUGAAAUUUCUGGUCCUGCGCAAAUGCCAGGUAUGACGAAGUCUGCUGCCGAGACUCUGGUUCAUGAUGGAGAAGACAGUUCCGAAUAUGAAGAGGUAGAGAUUACGGAUGAUGAAGAAGAAGAUGGCCAGGAAAAUCCAUCGAAACGUCAACGAAUCGAAGAGCUCGAUCAUGAUGGCCCGGUGGAGUUCAAUGAGGACGACAUCGCAUACCAACUUGCAGCUAUGGGGCAAGAAUAUGGACUAGAUCCAGGCGAAUAUGAUGACGGCAACAUGGAUGAAUGGGAACCAGGUGCAGAGGGAUUAGAAUUAACGUUUGAAGAUUCGGCGGCCCUCUUCAAGGAUUUGCUCAACGACUUUGGUAUAAAUCCCUAUUGGCCAUGGGAGAAAUUGAUUGAAGAUGGGAAAAUCGUGGAGGAUACACGCUACACAGCUCUUACGAACAUGAAAUCGCGGCGCGACGUAUGGGACGAAUGGUCGAAGGAAAAGAUUACACAACUUCGAGAAUUACGCGCCAAAGAAGAAGAGAAGGAUCCCAAGAUUCCUUACUUGACCUUCUUACAAAAACACGCAACGCCGAAACUUUACUGGCCAGAAUUCAAACGGAAAUACAAAAAGGAAGCGGAAAUGCGGGACGCAUCCUUAUUAGAUAAAGACCGGGAAAAGCUGUACAGAGAACAUAUCAAUCGACUGAAAUUUCCACAAUCGACUUUGAAAUCGGAUCUUUCCACGCUUCUCAAGUCUCAAUCCCUGUCCACCUUGAAUAAUGCGACUCUUAUCUCGCAUUUACCUCCAGAGAUACUUGGGGAUAUUCGAUACAUUUCCCUCGACGCAUCCGUGAGGGAUACUUUGAUCGAAGCUUUCAUCACCACUUUACCGCCUCCACCUGAGUCCGCCGCGUUAGAAGAAAACGAGGAAGCGACCAAGCAGAGAUUAGAAAAAGAAAGAAGACAAAAGGCACUCGAGGAAAGAGAAAGAAGAGUGGCAGAAGAGAAACGGAAACAGCAAAAGGCUUUGGAUUUUGGAAGGGAGAGGCUAAGGGAUGGAGAGGCGGAAAUCCAUCGUGCUAUGAAUGUGUCCAAAAAAGGUCUCAUGGGACAUUUGAACGAAGGGGAGGUAGAGAAGCAGAGCUCGUGA